AUUGCAAUUCAAAUAAACAGAGUAUAUACAGAUGAACACCUUCAAAGUUAAACCUUUGUUGUAGACUACCAUCACAAUUCACACCAAAUAGACCUCAUUCGGUACUGUUCUUUCAACAAUCUUUGAUCUAUUUGCCACUUCUCAUAACUCAAACACCAAACACAAGCACAACUCUCACCACCAACUAUCUGGAAUCGCAAUGGCGGCAAUCGAAGUCUUACCUUCUUCUCCGGGUGCUCCUUGGACUUCAUCAUUUGAUGAUUACCUAGAUCUUCCAUCACCAAUGGGCACCCCUCGCUUGACACCAGUCAGCGCCUCUUCUCUCAAAUUGGAAGUGCCAACCACAAGUUCAAUGCAAGUGCCGCCACCUCCUGGUUCUUCUCCGGAAUCACUUUUCCGUUAUUACCUCUCGGCUGAAUUGCGCAAGAUUGGCAUCACUCCUGAUGAAUCAACGAUCGAUCGUUAUGUCACUCAGCAUUACGAUAGCUUCACUCGCGCAAUGGAAAGACAUCAAGGUAAUGCAACAAUGGCACCGGUCGAAGAUAGCAAGAUGGAAGAUCAAAUCAACGGAAUACAAGCCUUCCGCUCAACACCAGAGACUGGUCCAUCAACUUCACCCUCCAUCUUCCUCAACAAAUUGAACGAAGAAGAGAAACCAAUGUCUGAAGACGAAGUCGAAGAAAACGUCGAAGAAGCUACUGAAGAAGCCGACGAAGAGGCCGAUGAAGUUACUGCCUUGAAAGGCAAAGGUACAAGCCGUACUGUGGAAGAAACACCGAUCGAAGGAAGUAUCAUGGGACCUUCUAACGAACUUCGCCCAGACCCAGAGACAUACCAUACUCUGACAAGUAAGGAGAAGAGACAACUGCGGAACAAAAUCUCAGCACGCAACUUCCGUACACGAAGAAAAGAACACAUUGCACAUUUGGAACAACAAGUUGCUGAUCGUGAUACCUUGAUCGAAGGUUUGCGUCAACAGCUCGCAAAGGUGACAGUACAAAACAAAGACUUGCAAGAAGAGAUGCGUACAUUAAAGACAAAAGCAAUCAGCUCAACCGAUGUUAAUCGUAUCAUUGAAGCAUUGCAAAAGUCAACCGUUGAGCCUAUGGGAAAUCAACCAGCCGCUAUGGGACCUCCUUCAACUCUCACCCGUACAGCUUCCAAUUCGUCCAUGUCUGAUGCUAUGCAUGCUUCAUCUCCCCGUUCCAUGUCUCCACGUCCAUCAGCUGCUCUUGCAAGACCCAAUACACGCAAAGACGUUUCGGGAACUUCCGUUGGUGCAUCAGGUGCUCGCUCAUUUUGGGGCGGCGUCGGUGGCGCAGCCAAUGGCAGUAAUUACAUGAGCGUUGGCGCUUGUUAGAUGAUGGAUUUUUGGGGCAGUCAUGGGGAUGUUGCUGUAAAAAAGCAUCAUCAUAUAAAAUCUAGCAUUACGAUUUAAAGAUAUUCAAAAUUUGUCAUUGUCAUCACUUCUCACUUUAUUUGUCUCCUCUUUCUUUCACUAUCUCUUCCCUCUCU